AUGUUGAAAUCCACAUAUACUCCUUUGCCGCCUCUCCCUGCGGGGUGGACUGAACAUAGAGCCCCUUCAGGCCAUCUAUAUUAUUACAACGCCGAAACCAAGCAAUCAACGUAUAAAAGGCCUACUGCUCCAACCCUAGAAACCAAACCCACCGUUUUCUCCCCUGAACAUCCUCCGUUGGGUCUCUCAGCUGCUGUUCCAGGUGCUUCCCCAGCCAACGUUCCUUUUGGCGGAGCAUUCAGAUUCGGAGCCUGUCGCAAGGAUGAUCCGGGCAGUGGUCGGCGUUACGAAAAGCGACAACCGCAAGACCGUCCAAAAUCGAAACACCCAAUACCUGGGUGUGCACCUUGGUUCCUCGUGAAAACCAAACUCGGUCGCAGAUUCGUGCACAAUCCCGGGACGAACGAGAGCUUUUGGAAAUUUCCAGAACAUGUUCUUAAAGGAGUUGUGGAAUAUGAUCGAAUAGAGAGGGAAAGGAAUGAAAGACGAGAACGUGGGGAAUUAAGUGAAGAAGAAGAUACUAGGAGAAGAAAAGAACCACUGCCAGAAAAGGAACAAACAGGUUCAAGAGAGGCUGCAGCUGACGAACAAGAAGAAGAGUAUAGCGACGAGUAUGAAGAAGUUGAAGUCACUGAUGAGGAGGAUGAAUUGCAGUCAAAGAGAUUGAGGACGGAGGAAGGCACCGAUCAGCCAAUCGAAUUCAAUGAAGACGACAUCGCUUAUCAGCUGGCAGCAAUGGGGGAAGAUUACGGACUUGACCCCGGCGAGUACGGUGAACCUGGAGAAGAGGGUUGGGAAGAAGGGGCAGAAGGCCUACCGCUUACAGAAGAAGAUGCGACUGCUCUAUUCCGAGACCUUCUGGAUGAUUAUCAAAUAAACCCCUAUACACCAUGGGAGAAAAUCAUUGAGGAAGGCAGAAUUAUUGACGAUACGCGAUAUACUAUUCUCCCAAAUAUGAAAUCAAGGCGUGAAGCAUGGUCCAAUUGGAGCCGGGAUCGUAUCCAGGAACACAAAGAGCGCAAGGAAAAGGAAGAAAAGAAGGACCCACGUAUACGCUACCUGGCUCUACUCGAGGCGCAUGCAACUCCAAAACUAUUCUGGGCGGAAUUCAAGCGCAAGUACAGAAAAGAACCCGAAAUGAAGGACAAUCGCAUGUCAGAUAAAGAUCGCGAAAAGCUCUAUAGGGAUCACAUCUCACGCUUAAAGCUACCGGAGAGCACCCGUAAAUCCGACUUUUCAGCGUUCUUGAAAUCAAUACCACUAACACACCUAAACCGGUCGUCAACAAUUGACGCGCUUGACUCUUCGAUCUUAAGAGAUAUUCGUUAUAUUUCCCUACCAUCCAAAGUCCGAAACCCUCUGAUUGAGACUUAUGUGUCAACUCUUCCAGAUGCUCCAGAGGUGACAGACCUCUCAGUAGAGGAAAAAGAGGAGAAAUUAAAGAAGCAUCAUGAACGCCAAAGGCGGGAGAAGGCGCUUGCGGACCGCAAAGCAAUGGUUCAGGAAGAAAAACAGAAACAUCAGAGAGCGCUUGUCCAAGGUAAAGAUAUGCUUCGACAUGGCGAUGAAGAGCUCCGGAAAGCUAUGCUUGUUGGCAAAGAAGGUCUGACGAGCCAUCUCGAGGAGAUUGGGAAAGCAAAUACCUCAAUAAGUGGUGAAGAUUAA